GAGCACUGGACCGCUGUGUGAUGGGUAUAACGGCAGUGGAGAUUCUGAACGCGUGUGACGAGGUGGUUCCCGCCGCUCUGGACUCCCUCAAUCACCCCGCGGUGAACCUGAAGCAGGCCAUGACCCGCCGCAGUCUGGCUGCGCUCAAGAACAUGGCCCAACACAAGCUGCAGACGCUCGCCACCAACCUGCUCGCGGCCGACAACGCCGACAAGGUGAGACGAGCACUGGACCGCUGUGUGAUGGGUAUAACGGCAGUGGAGAUUCUGAACGCGUGUGACGAGGUGGUUCCCGCCGCUCUGGACUCCCUCAAUCACCCCGCGGUGAACCUGAAGCAGGCCAUGACCCGCCGCAGUCUGGCUGCGCUCAAGAACAUGGCCCAACACAAGCUGCAGACGCUCGCCACCAACCUGCUCGCGGCCGACAACGCCGACAAGGGAAACCUUCCCAAAUACUCGCACAACUCUCUGGUGGUGCAGGCCAUGAAGACCAACGUGACGGAUCCGGACAUGCAUGUGCUGUUCUUCGACGUGGAGGCCGUGAUCAUCCAGUUACUGACGGAGGAGGCGCAGCGGCCCAAUCCCACCCUCAUCUCGCCAGAGACGCUGCAGAAAGCGCAGGGCGGAGCCGACAAGGGCGGGUCCUUCCUAGCCAAUAAGAUCUUCAAACAGGUGAAGGAGACCAUUAAAGAAAACAUCAAGGAGCACCUGCUGGAUGAAGACGAGGAAGAGGAGGAGGAGCAGCGGCGGCGCGAGGAGAAGUCCAAGUCUCUGAGUCUGCUGGAGUACAAUCUGACCAUGGACACGGCCAAGCUCUUCAUGUCCUGCCUGCACGCCUGGGGUCUGAACGGAGAGCUGGACGAGGUGUGUCUGACCCGGCUGGGCAUGCUCCGCCCGCACACGCCCGUCUCCUUCGGCCUGAUCUCCCGCGGAGGACACAUGUCGCUCAUGCUGCCCACCUUCAAAGACUCGCUGCUCCGGCAGCUGGCCGAAGGAUGCGCCGAGGGCCGCAAGCUCUCCGUCUCCGAGAUCGUGGGCAAAGGCACGUAUGGCGUCUCCAGAGCCGUGACCACGCAACACCUGCUCUCCGUCAUCUCGCUGGCCAACACGCUGAUGGGCAUGACCAACGCCACCUUCAUCGGGGAGCACAUGAAGAAAGCGCCAGCCAGGCCCCCAAGACCAGGAACCCCUGAGACCCUGAGAAAAAGCACCCCACAGGCCUCCAGCCCGGCCCUGCAAGCUCAGAUCAAACAAGCUGCGAUCGCUGCUCCGUCUUCUGGUUCAGGAGUGUCUCUCUCUCCCUCAGUCAAUGAAGGUUGGAGUCAGCUGGCUGCCAUGCAUUGUGUCAUGCUUCCGGAUCUUCUGGGUUUGGAUAAGUUCAGGCCUCCUCUGUUGGAGAUGUUGGCUCGCAGAUGGCAGGACCGCUGCCUGGAGGUUCGAGAGGCGGCCCAGGCGCUGCUGUUGGCUGAACUGCGGCGGAUCGGUCAGUCGGGCCGGAAGGACACUAUUGACAUGUGGGCGCCGUAUCUGCCGCAGUAUGUGGACGCGGUCAGCUCUCCGGGAACCGCCCCCGAGACCGCCCAGCCGGCCCCGCCCCCUGUAGAAGCCCCGCCCACCGAGACCAAAGCUCCAGAGGAAGAGAUAGACGUGACGGAUGAUGACAUCACUGCAGGCUGUCUGUCGAACCUGCCGCCGAACGCGAAGAUCUGUAACUCGUACGAGGAGCGGAGGAAGCAGGCGACGGCCAUCGUUCUGCUGGGAGUGAUCGGAGCCGAGUUCGGUGCAGAGAUUGAACCUCCCAAACUACCUUCCCGCGCUCGCACCAGCACUCAGGCUCCCGACGGAUUCGGUCUGACCACUGGAGGAUCCAACUACUCGCUGGCCCGACACACCUGUAAAGCCCUGACGUUCCUCCUCCUCCAGCCGCCCAGUCCCAAGCUGCCGGCCCACAGCACCAUCCGGCGCACAGCCAUCGAUCUGAUCGGCCGAGGCUUCACGGUGUGGGAGCCAUAUAUGGACGUGUCGGCGGUUCUCAUGGGUCUGCUGGAGCUCUGCGCCGACGCCGAGAAGCAGCUGUCCAAGUGAG